AUGUCUUCAGUGGUCUUCGUUUUAACGUUGCUUCUUUCUUUGGUUUCGGCUACACUUCCGGAGGCAUAUCAACAACACCUACAAGGCGAUCCCUCUGUAACUCAUUUGGUGAAGUUUGAGGUAUCGCAGAAGAAUAAUCCAUUGGGCACGCUUCUGAUAGCCCUCUUCGGCGAAACAGUCCCCAAAACGGUGGAAAACUUUGUCUGGUUGUCUGAACAAGACGAUGGCUACGUGAAUACUCCGUUCCACAGAGUGAUUCCCAAUUUUAUGGUUCAAGGUGGUGCCACAGCCGGAGGAAAGUCAAAGUAUGGUGGCAGAUUUGACGAUGAGAACUUUGCUCUCAAGCACGACAAGCUUGGUCGCUUAUCGUGUGCCAAUGCUGGUAAGAAUACCAAUUUAGACCAAUUCUUCAUCUUGAACACCGAUCAAACUCCGUGGUUAGACGGUAAGCAUGUGGUGUUUGGUCAAAUGGUCGACGGUUUUGACGUAUUGAUGAACAUUUCCAAUCUGCCGCAAGUUGAUACUAAGCUAAAUGAUGAAGUGAAGAUCACGAAGGUAGAAGUAGUAAGACUUGAGAAUUCUACUAACACCAAUAAAGUGAUCUCCAAUCAAGGGAAAAUCGACCCUACACCUAAAAACCCUGAGCGACUGAACCUUCCGAUCUUCAUUCUCAUCUUGGCAUUGAUAGCAUUGGCAAUUUGGGGGGGUCUCAUGUAUCGUGAAAGCUACAACAAUGAUGUUCAACACCCCGUUAAAUACAAUUAA